GCGUUGAGUCACGCAGCUGUCAAAGAUAGCUGUCACCCAGUUCCACGAUCAAACACACACACACGCAACGAGGAAAGGGACGCAGAGGUCUCAGGUGAAACAAAAAAAACCCUCAACAAAACCCCCGACCUCAGCACAGUCUCCGCACGAGGAGGACGACGAGAGGGGGAAAAAAGGCGAGGAAAACUAUUUAAAACACGACCGAAAAGAAGGAGGAAAAAAAAAAAAAAAAAAAAAAAAAAAAACAAGGGACGAGGUUUGAUGAAUAAGGAUUUUUCGGAUGCGUGCGGGGGGAUUUCUGGAGAAAAGAGAAGAGGGAAAACAUUUUUUCUUCAGUGCUUUGACGGAUUAGUGGACAUUUUCGCACGGAUAUGAAGACUAAAAAGGGUUUGAUGAUGCUGUCAGGGAGCGAAACAGAUGACGAGGACAGCGUGGACACCCCCCUGGAUCUGUCGUCGAGCGGGGGGAGCAACGGGAAGAGGAAGCGGCGUGGAAACCUGCCCAAGGAGUCGGUCCAGAUCCUCAGGGACUGGCUGUACGAGCACCGUUACAACGCUUACCCGUCUGAGCAGGAGAAAGCCCUCCUUUCCAAGCAGACUCAGCUCUCCACGCUGCAGGUUUGCAACUGGUUCAUUAAUGCACGGCGACGACUUCUUCCAGAGAUGCUUAGGAAAGACGGGAAGGACCCCAACCAGUUCACCAUCUCCAGGAAAGGUAGCAAGAAUGGCGACAGUUUCUCUGACAGCUCCCAGUCGCCAAAACACAGCAGUCCAGCCGCAGGUACAGAGGAGAGCUGCGACAAGCGCGUCUUCCACCCCUCCAGCUUUGAGCCCAGCGAGCCCAGCGUGCUGAGAAAAGCGCUGUCUCCCUCCACACCUUCUCCAACUUCCUCGUCGCCCUCCCCAGGCCCCGUGCCCACCCGACCGUCUGUCAUCUGUCACACCACUGUCACCGCGGCGAUGCCGGCCAGCCCGACCGCCUCCCAGCCCUCAGUGCCAGGAAUGAACUGUGACAGGGCAGCGGAGCUGCUGCAGGCCGUGCAGGCUCAGGCGCUGCUGCGAUGCCGAGACGACGGGCCGGGCAGUCAGCCGCUCACCACCACUACCACCAUCCUCAGCAGCACCAGCAUGGAGGGACACCUGAGCCCCCGCAGCGGCCUGUUCAACACUCCUCCCCCCACCCCUCCAGAUCUCACACAAGACUUCAGCGGUUUCCAGCUCCUGGUGGAUGUGGCCCUCAAACGGGCUGCAGAGAUGGAGCUGCAGGCCAAGCAGCUGGUCUCCUAAAGGAAAAGCCCGGAGGAGAGGAGAGGGCCGGAGCGAAUAGACUCACUCCUCAGUUAAGUGACUUGUAUGCACGUACCAGAGAACAAAUUCACAUGAAAGCCUGAUCAUUUCUAUUUUUGGUAUACCAAUCAAUAUGAUGAGGAUUUUUUUUUUUUUUUUUUUUAAUUGAAAAAAAAAAAAACAACAAAAAAACUAAAUCGAGGUGCCUUGGCUGUAAGUUGUUUAGUCAUUUCAUAUACAUGCAUAUGUAUCUACAUGUCUAUUUUAUUUGCACACAGGGACCAAAAAUGUUAUCAAAGAAAUGCUGCCUGUCUUUAUGUAUUUCUAUUGUUCUGACUUAUAUUGUCGAGAAGGGAGCAACAGCUGGAGUCAGUCCUCCUUCACUAACCAAUCAGACGGGCCGCAUCCACACGUUUAUGGUUGAACAUUUCAGACAUCGGUUCAUAAUUGGUCUGCCUUUUUCGCUUGCACACUAAAGGCAGAAGGUGGUCAUCUCAGUGUCUUAAACAUACUAUGCUCUUGGCAUCAAAGACAAACUUAUUCACUACUGUAGUAAAUGUUUAAGUGUUUUCAUGAGUAUAGUUUUGAUUUUUUUUUUUUUUUUUUUGUAAUUUCCUGUUAGCAAUUUUAAAAGAAAAAAACCUUAUCCUUUUCUUCUUACUAUAUAUUUUUUUCCCCACUAAGGGACAUUUCAGAUGACCAAUGUAGCAGGUUCUUAGACUGAGCCUUCAUUCCAUCAUUCAGCGACAAUGAUGGCCAGUGGACUGGAAAACUAAACACUACAGAUGUCUUUUUCUGCAUUUGCUGUUUUAUGAUCCUAUAGACGGCAUUCUUUUUGAAAUCACCAAAACAAACAAGCGUUUUCAUGUAUUAUAGGACCAUGUGUAUAGUCAAUGUGACACAACGCCCAAUGAUGUGAUUUCUUUUCAUACUGUGCAAUGUUUGUGGCAAAUAGUGGGUCACAUGGGAUUCAAAUAAAGUUUUGUUUUUCUACAA